GUGUUCGGUGUUUCAAGCGCACCAGUGACUAAGAAUCUAAGUGUAAAUCACAUGAUCUGACAGCAAAAAAGAUGGCAAGUCAGUCAACAGGGAUUCAGCAGCUAUUGAAGGCUGAAAAACAGGCUGCAGAGAAAGUAGCGGAUGCAAGAAAACGUAAAGCCAAACGAUUAAAGCAAGCCAAAGAAGAAGCACAACAAGAGAUAGAACAAUACAGAGCCCAGAGGGAGGCCCAGUACAAGAAAUAUGAACAAUCAGUCCUUGGAUCUCGCGGUGACAUGGAGAGUAAGAUAGAGGCCAGCACACGUCAGAAGCUGAAGGAGCUCGAGAGUAAUAUGGGCAAAAACAAGGAAGUGGCCAUCAAAAGACUAAUGGAAAUCGUCUUAGACAUCAAACCCGAAAUCCACGGCAACUGGAAAAAAUAGAUGUGACAUUCUUCUUAGGAAAUUAAUGGCUGAUUCAUACUGUGGUUUUAUAAUUUUUUUAGCAGGCUUUUAAAAUUAUUUGUUCUAUUCAUCAAUUCCUGCCAGAAUAAGUCCUUUACGUAGGAAUUCACUGAAAUGAUAUAAAUUUUAUGUAUUCUAGAUUUGACAUUGGACUCUGCUUAAAGAUUAUAAAACCACAGUAUGAAAAGUCAGCUAACAGCAAUCCAUGUACAUUUAAAUAUUACGGGGUAGUCUUUUUCUAUGAAUUGUUUAUCCAUGAUCAUUUGUCUAGUGUUGAUUUUGUGAGGUAGCUUGAAUAGGCCAUCUACUGAUCAUAUUGUGAUUGGUCGCUGUAUACAGAGUUAAUGUACUCGGAACUAGGUAGUCGUCCAAUAAGUUCAAUCAUCAGUAUGAAUGAGGAAGGUUGUAAUGUAAAACCUGAGUCUAGUCAAAAUGAAUCAUUGUAUGAUGGGCUUAUACAUAUUCCAACUUUUACAAAAAAAAUCAAGUAUGUGUAUUUACUUGUACGAGUUUGUAUCAAGUGUAUAAAUAAAACAUUCCAUUUGUAAGGAAGUGCUGGCACCAUGUAAAUUUAAAACUUUAAUAUAGGCAAUUUUUCAGAAGUUCCAUCCUAAUUUACAAUAAUAUAAUUGUUAAAGUUGAGAGUGGAUUAAUUUAUUAUGAUUUUUGAGAAUAGUGUAUUAUGUAUUACAUGUAUAUUGUAUUAUUUCUUAAAUAUAUAUAAAGAAAUCUGAUAUAU